AUGAGCUUUUCUCAUGUGCUCCCAUCGCGGCUAUUCUUCGCUGCUCGACACAAUCCAUCGCUACGCCAACACAUCCAUUCAUCUCCUUUGCGAGCGGCCGUUGCGCACCCGGUGACUGCUCACGGACCUCCGCCUAAAGCGCCUGUGCCCAAGUCGAAGGAGCAGCCAGAACGGAAGGACGAGACCGCCGAUGAGGCACCGCGACCAGCAAAACCCUCGGCGGCACUGAAGAAGCGGUUUUGGAAGGAUGUCCAUGUCCACGGGAAACCAGAAGUUCUCUCUAUACCCCCGUCAAAGCCUCACUUGGCGCACGCGAUUGCCCUCGAGUGGGAUGUGAUGACCUCGGCCCAACAGGCUCUGAAGAGCCAUCUCAUCCCCCUCACCUCCCUGUCCGCCCGCGCGACCGAUAUUGUUCGGGAAGAUGCCCAAGGCCAAGAUACGACCAGAGACCAAAUUAUCACCACGGCCAUGCGCUACCUGGAAACCGACACGUUACUGUGUUGGGAGCCCGAGCGGGAAGCUCAUGCGCUGGAAAGGAUGGACAGCGAGGAGAAAACGGAAAGCCUUCGUGAAAUCCAGAUGAAGGUUGCCAAGGAUAUCAUGGAUUUUUUGUCUACAAAAGUCUGGCCGGGCUUGGAAAUUAUCCCCAUCCUCGAUACCGAGAGCAUACUCCCAUUAUCCCAGCCGCAAGCUACCCAGGACAGCAUUCGCGUCUGGAUCUCUGAAUUAUCCCCCCACGACCUCGCAGCUCUCGAGCGAGGCAUCCUGGCAUCCAAGAGCCUUCUCGUCGCGGUCCGAUUGCUGGUGGAAUGGAGCGAGAAUUUCCGCCACCUUCAACGACCGGAAGCGAAGAAAUUCGGCAUCGACGAAGCAGCCGAAGCAUCGAGCCUGGAAGUCAAGUGGCAGACGGAUAUGUGGGGAGAAGUCGAGGAUACUCACGAUGUUGAUAAAGAAGACUUGAAGCGACAACUGGGUAGUGUUGUUGUCCUGGUGAGUGGUGAGACGAGAUAG